UUGAGAAUCGUAAAAAUAAUUUUGGCGCGAAAUUAUCAGUAAUCUGGUGACGCGACAAAAGAUUAUCAUAGUUCCCGCCCGAUCCUUAUAUUUUAAGAGUUUUUUCAUUUGUGUGUAUCGUGUUUUUGCGUUAUGGUGUUGUUGUGAUUUUCAAAUAAAUAACUUUAUGUGAUUUUGUUCCAAUAAUACUUUAAAUUUAAAAUGGGUUUAUUGGAAACAGAUACAGAAAAUGAUGUUUUACGUAAACAUCAAGAAUUAUGUAGAAAUUUAAAUUUAGAUUCAGAUUCAGCAAAUCAAGCUUGGGAUAGUUAUGAAUCUAUUCGACAAAAUUAUACACUUGAAGGAGAUCAACUUCAUUGGUUAGGAUGUGCUUUGUAUGUGGCCUGUCGAAAAGUGUCAAAGUGUUUACCUACUGUAGGAGGUCAAUCAGAAACGGUUGUCCAAGGAAAUGGCGUGAAUUUAACUCGUCUUCUACGUUUGUGCAAUUUAAGCUUAAUACAAUUUUUCGACAAAAGUAAAAAAUGGGUAAACAUGGCAAACAUGCCUGUAGAAUUUAGUAAUGAAAUUGAGAGAUUAGAAAGAAAUUUUGAAGUUUCAACCGUGAUAUUCGAACAAUACCAAUUGAUAUUCUAUGAUAUGUUUGUGAAUACUUCCGAUGAUACGACCCGACCGCAGAGAUCCCGUAAACCAAGGAGUGCACCAUGUACCUCAAGUAAAGUGUUCGAAUUUUGUUGGACGCUAUUUAUUUACGUCAAAGGUGAAAAUCCUGAAAUUAGUGCCGAUUUAGUAAAUAGCUUACACUAUUUAUUAGCAUGCUGUGAUUUAAUGUUCGGAAAUGCUGUUGUUUCUGAUCGUAGAGAUCUUCUACAAGCGAAUUUCCCAGGUCUUCCAUCAGAUUGGACCUCCUCUGAGUAUACACCGCCGAUAGAACCACCAUGUGUAAUGGAUGCGUUAUGCAAACGACACGAUGCACAUGUUUUGGAUGCUAAAGUGAUAAAAAAUUAUUCAUGGAAACAGCACAUGAAAACAUUAAUUGGUAAAAAAGUAUUACGAGCAGAUCCUACAACUUUCACAGGACUUUUAGAUCAAGAAGUAUUCGAUAUUAAUUUAAAAUCGAUCAACAAAGAAUAUGAAGCUUAUGUUUUGAAUAAAGGCGAUUUUGAUGAGCGGAUCUUUUUAGCCGAAUGUCGACGUAUACGCGUACUCAGAAAACAAUACACCCGUCCAGCACUUCAAGAACUAAAACAAGAAGUUGAUGCGAAUGUUCAUAUUGGAUCACCAGCUAGACUUAUUGGAACUGGUACUGAAUCUGCUGAACAGAUUAAUACAAAGAAAAAUAAGGAGGAAAAUUUGGUAAAACAACAUUUAGUACCGAAUACGCCAUAUACAGGACGGUGCUAUUUACGCGGUAGACGUGAAAAUCCAGCGGGAGCUACUCUAGUAACAACUGCUACUUGCAGUGUUUCACAUUUACGUACUUUAUUAGCUGGAAGAACUCCAAACCCAUCACCAGAAUUGUUAGCAAUAUUCAAGAAAUGUGACAAUAAUGUAAAAGAUGAAAUUGAAACAAAAUUAAAUGAAUAUGGCGAAAUGUUUUGUUCCAAAUAUACUACAAAUUCAAAUGAAAAUUCCAAUAAUUCUCGAGUUGAUUUUACAAGUCAACGUUUAGAAUUAGCUAGAACUUUAUUUUAUAAAUUAUUAGAAGAUAUUAUUACUGACGAAACACGAAAGAAACCCGAUUGUAAUUGUAAAGUAUUAUUAAGUCGAGAUAUAUUUCACCAUUGUUUGUUCGCGGUAUCACUAGAAAUUGUUAUAUUUUCAUAUAAUUCGCAACGAAAAUUCCCAUGGGUAUUAGAAGCUUUAAAUUUAGAGCCAUAUUAUUUUUAUAAAAUUAUUGAACCAAUUGUUAGCAUUAAAGAUCAUUUGUCACGUGAUUUGGUUAAACAUUUAAAUUUGAUUGAAGAACAAGUUUUACAAUCAAUGGCGUGGAAAAAUAACAGUCCUGUAUGGCAAGCAAUUGAAGAUGCAGCGUCUAGAACUGACGAUGGUUUACCCGUACCAACUUGUGGAGAUUGUACAAUACCACCUGUUUCAUCAGUGAAUAAUCCUUUAAAUAAUCGUACGCAAUUAAUAACACAACAGGCAGAACAAAAUGAAAAUCAAAAUCAGCGUCAAGUCAUUGUUCAAGCGUCAGAUAAAAGUAAUGGAAAUAUUGUUUCACCGAAUACUCAAUUACCUUCGGCUUCUGAGCGAUUUCAAUCUCCCGUGACUUACAUGGGUAAAAAACGAGAUUCCGUUGGACCGACAACUCCAGUUUCAACUACACCUAGAACCAUUAAACCAGGUCAAUCUUUAUUACAAAACCAACCGAAAAUGUAUAUAUCAAUUGGAGGAGAUACCCAACGAUUAAUUCCCGUUGUAAUCCAAUCUAAAAUUCCACCUCAACAAGCUACAAGUACUCCACAAAAUACAGAUCAGAAAACAGAAUUACAACCAGUUGUGGAACAGCGUAAACCUAAACGUAAUGAUUCGUUAGCUUUAUUUUUCAGAAAGUUUUAUAAUUUAGCGUGUGUUCGAAUGACUGCAUUAUGUAACCAUUUAAAUUUAACGAAUCAAGAAUUACGUUUAAAAAUUUGGACCUGUUUCGAGUAUUCAAUUGUUCAUCACAUCGAUUUAAUGAAAGAUCGUCAUUUAGAUCAAAUUUUAAUGUGCGCUGUUUAUGUUGUUUGCAAGGUUGCUGGAACUGAACGAACAUUUACAGAAGUAAUGCGAUGCUAUCGCCUUCAACCGCAAGCAUCUAGUUACGUGUAUCGUAGCGUCCUUUUACAAAAACGUCCAAUUGAUACAUCAAAUAACACAACACAACAAAAUACAAAUCAACAAAAUCAGCCACAUGAGCCAUCUGCUGGACAAAUAGCUCCAUUAACACCAAAUCAAUUAUCUGGUACAGGGACAUCGUUUGCACAUGAAGAUCGUGGCGAUUUAAUUAAAUUUUAUAAUACAAUUUAUAUACAAAAAAUACAGAAUUUUGCUAUGAGAUUCUCUAUGCAAUCCAAUUUAUUAUUGUCACCGUUGCCAACAAAAACUUUAACAGCCACACCCACACGCCGAGUGGCGGAUACUGUAUUUGUACGUUCAUUAGCGAAAAAUACAUUAAAUCAAUCACCAAGUGGUGAACCUCUAGUCUACUGUUUUAGCAGAAGUCCUGCAAAGGAUUUACGAGCAAUAAAUGAAAUGAUAAAUUAUAGUAAAUUGAGCAGAAAACGUUUAUUAGGUGAUAAUGAUGGUAUUGAAGAUAAUCAUGUGAAUGUUAUUGGUGGUCCAUCGCCACCAAAACAAGCUGGUGCUAUACAACGGAAAAUACACGGAUUAUUUAAUGAUCGACUUGUGCAAGCUAAAUCUAAAGAAUAAACUCUAAAAUUAUAAUAAUAACCAAACAAUUUUUAUUUAUGACAAAUUAUGUAAUCUCAAAAUUAUUUUUUAUUAAUUAUUACAUAACUCGAAUUAAUUAACACAUUCACAUAUUAAUUUAACUACUUAUUCAAAAUGGCGAUACCAUGGAAAUGGAAAUUCUUUAUGGUGGUGUACAAGGUUAUUAAAAUGAAAUAAUGCUUCUCUCUCUU